CUAAAAACAUAAUCUUUAUGAAAUAAAGUUUUCGCCAUUUUAACUCAUUUUAAAAUUAUGUCAGAUCUAAAAAGACUUAGAAAAUACUAUAAAACUAUACCACCGGAAAAUAAUUGAAGAGCUCUACACGACAUAUAUAUAGAGGCAGAGAGAGAGAGCCAUGUCCACGAAGUUGCUGAUGUCGAUGGCAUGCAUAAGAAAUGAGAACGGGAACUUGUCGGCGCGGCCCCUGUAUCCAUCGAUGCAGAGUUACCCUAAGGGUGUGAGCGACGAAGAAAAAUGCGUAGAGGGUUCGGAAGCGAAGGCCCUCUUCUCGGUCACCGGAAUGACUUGCUCCGCCUGCGCUGUCUCCGUUGAGAAGGCUGUCAAACGCCUCCCCGGAAUCAAGGAAGCCGCUGUUGAUGCUUUGAACCACCGCUCGCUUGUGGUCUUUUGCCCAGCUUUUGUCAAUGAAGAAAAGAUUCGCGAGGCGAUAGAAGACGCAGGAUUUGAAGCGACAUUGAUAAGAGAAGAGACGAUAAACACGGAGAGAAUAUGCCGAAUCCUCCUCACAAACGGCCUCAACUGCAUCUCAUGCUCCAUCACUCUCGAAUACUACCUAUCCUCUAUAAACGGCGUCGUAAAAGCCAUGGCCCCGCCAUCUACUGACCAAGUUGAAGUCCACUACGAUUCAAGAAUCUUGAGCUGCAGCCACAUCCUCGAAGCCGUCCACGACAUCGGAUUCGAGGGCGUGCUCCUCAGCAGCGGCGAGGAAAGACGCACCAUACUCCUCCACCUCGACGGCGCGGAAGCCUCCCUGAUCGGCAAGUCUCUCGGACUCGGAGCAUUGCCAGGAGUUGCACAAGCAAGCUUCGACUCAGAGCUCAACAACCUCUCCAUUUCCUACGAUCCGGAUCUCGUCGGUCCUCGAGAUUUCAUCCACGCCAUCAACGAGUCCUCGGAUGAUAUCACGGUCACCAUAUUCUCAGACAACGGAGGAGGAGCGCGACGCGACCAAGAAGUGAAAGACUACUACAGAUGCUUCCUUUGGAGCCUUGUCUUCACAGUUCCUGUGUUUCUCACGUCCAUGGUGUUGAUGUACGUUCCCCGCGUGAAUCGCGUGUUGGACGCGAAGCUCGUCAACAUGCUGAGCGUCGGCACGGCUCUGCGGUGGAUCCUCACGACGCCGGUCCAGUUUGUCAUCGGGCGGCGCUUCUACGUUGGCGCGUACAGAGCGAUAAAGCGCGGGGCCGCGAAUAUGGACGUGCUGGUGAUGUUGGGAACCAAUGCUGCUUACUUAUAUUCAGUUUAUUCGGCGCUGAGAUCCGCCAGCUCGCGUGGCUUCGAGUCCACCGAUUUCUUCGAGACGAGCGCGAUGCUCAUCUCGUUCAUCCUGCUGGGGAAGUAUCUGGAGGCUCUGGCGAAGGGGAGGACAUCCGAGGCUAUAGGGAAGCUCAUGAAUUUGUCUCCCGAGACGGCCACAUUGCUAACCACAGACGCACAGGGGAAUGUGUUGGCAGAGGACGAGAUUGAUAGCAGGCUAGUGCAGAGGAACGACGUGUUGAAGGUCGUGCCUGGAGCUAAAGUGGCGUGCGAUGGAGUGGUGGUGUGGGGCCGGAGCCACGUCAGCGAGAGCAUGAUCACUGGAGAAGCUCGGCCCGUGGGCAAGGCCAAGGGCGACGUUGUGAUCGGAGGGACUCUCAAUGGGAACGGGGUGCUUCAUGUUAGGGCCACCAGGGUUGGGUCGGAGACUGCUCUGGCGCAGAUUGUGAGGCUUGUUGAAUCGGCGCAGUUGGCCAGAGCUCCUGUCCAGAAAUUUGCUGAUCGUAUCUCCAAAUUCUUUGUUCCGCUAGUUAUAGUGGUGUCGAUCUGCACGUGGUUGGCGUGGUUUUGGGCGGGGAAGCUGAACGGGUAUCCGAAAUCAUGGAUUCCGGCGUCGAUGGAUGGGUUCGAGCUAGCGCUGGAGUUUGGGAUAUCGGUGAUGGUGAUAGCGUGCCCGUGUGCGCUUGGGUUGGCUACUCCCACAGCUGUCAUGGUUGGUACUGGAAUUGGUGCUUCUCAAGGCGUGCUCAUUAAAGGCGGCUACGCUUUGGAAAACACUCAUAAGGUAAACUGCAUAGUCUUUGACAAAACAGGAACUCUUACUAUCGGAAAGCCAGUUGUUGUGAAUGCUAAUCUCUUCAAAGACAUCAAUAUUCAAGAAUUCACUUCUCUUGUUGCUGCUGCCGAGGUGAACAGCGAGCAUCCAUUAGCAAAGGCGAUAAUCGAGUAUGCCAAAAAGUGUUGGCAACAAGAAGAUGAAGACGAAGAAGAACAUAGCAACUGCCCUAUAUGGCCGGAAGCAUGCGACUUUGAGGCCAUAACCGGACAAGGUGUGAAGGCUGUUGUCCGAGGCAGAGAAGUUCUUGUCGGAAACAAGAGUUUGAUGUUGGAUCACAACAUUGAUAUCGCCUCAUAUGCUGAAGAGAAACUGAAAGAAGCCCAAGGAUUAGCUCGAACUGGGAUUCUCGUAUCGAUUGACAGAGAGCUGCAUGGACUUCUUGCCGUGUCUGAUCCGUUGAAACCUGGCGCUCGAGAAGCAGUCUCCAUUCUUAGAUCGAUGAAGAUUAGUUGUAUAAUUAUGACAGGUGAUAAUUUGGGAACUGCGAAUGCGAUUGCCAGAGAGGUGGGUAUUGAUGUUGUUUAUGCAGAAGCUAAACCUGAAGACAAAGCACAAAAGGUCAAAGAAUUACAGGCUGCCGGCAAUGUUGUGGCUAUGGUAGGGGAUGGGAUAAAUGACUCGCCGGCGCUCGUGGCGGCUAACGUCGGGAUAGCGAUCGGUGCAGGCACAGACAUCGCAAUCGAGGCAGCUGAUGUUGUGUUGAUGAAGAGCAACUUGGAGGAUGUUAUAACUGCUAUAGAUCUUUCUAGGAAAACAUUUUCAAGAAUUAGGCUUAAUUAUAUAUGGGCAUUAGGCUACAACACUCUUGGCAUUCCACUUGCCGCUGGGGCGCUCUUCCCAUCGACUAGGUUUCGGCUGCCGCCGUGGGUUGCCGGCGGCGCUAUGGCGGCGUCUUCGGUUAGUGUGGUUUGCAGCUCUCUGUUGUUGAAGAAUUAUAAGAGGCCCAACGUUCUGGAUGCUCUAGAGAUGCGACGAACAACUCUGUAAGUUUAAUAAUGCUCAUGUUAAUUGUGUCGACUCUUAGAUUUAAGUGCAGUCUUAUUUUGUAAUUACUAGUAUUUUUCUACCACAUUUUCAUUUAAUGAGACUGCAUGUACAAUGGUGAAAAAAUUCUGCCAUGUCAUACCCCUCUGGGGGUGUUCUAGACUUCUAGUAGUGACAUGGGAUAGGUUGUAGUUGAAUGUCUCAAGUUCAAAUCACACUAACUAUUUAUAAAUAUGUAUAUUUUUAAUUUGAUAUA